AUGCCUUUUUGGAUCACCAUUUAUCUCGCUAUCGUAACAGCUAUCACGUCGCUUACUUCCAAACCGCCCACCUUGAGAAGCUGCUUGGGAGAAUCGUACAAAAAGUAUAAGAUCAAUAACUCCAAUCAAGGGGUUUUUUCCAUUUGCCCUACUACCACUAGAGUCUUUGAUCCCGUUGGAAUAGAUAAAAGAUUAAGUGAGUGCAUAAGGGCAAUGUCUGGUUUGCUGGAUGUGAGCAAAAUCUACACCUUCUUCAAGGCCGAAGAGCAGAUUCCAUGGUGGGACGACCCAAAGGAGACUGAUGACUUUGCAACACUCUUCCCACAAAGCACUAGCACUGUAGAUUUUCACGAGGAGGAAUCUUCUGAACACUCAAGAAUUCUCUAA